UUAUCAGAACCCGAGAUUGUAGAAAUGCUGUCCCGGAAAACGUUAUACUUUUACUUUUGUACUUCAUCGAUUAACGAGGCUAUGUAUUAUGUAUACUGCUGUAGAAUUCUGACAAUCAGGUCUCAGCAAUACAUUCUCUUGAACAAAAAAAAAUGAACGUUUCUGUAUGAGAUAAAAAUGAGGUAAAGAAAUGUAUCACUGUAAGCGGGACCUAAACUUUUUUCCCGUGAACAACGUUCUUACAAUUUACAAAUCUUGUUUGCUUUACUAUUUAACUUUAACAAAGUAGAAGUUCGUUCCCUCUUGGCCUAGAGGUAACGUGGUCGCUUUUGCACCCUGAGGUCGGGGGUUUGAGUCCCGGCCGGACUUUACUUUUUUUUCAAUGUGUAUGCAAUUGAAUUUUUUCAGGUAAAAAUUGAAUGGCGGGACUUUAUUUUGCUUGCUAAAGUUUUGUCGGCUUAGUUGCCAAAUCACAGAUUUUUAUUUAGCUGUAAACAAUUUUCAGUAUAAUUGCAAGUGUUGUUCAUUGUAGUUUCAAGGGGGUGCUUAAAACAUUUUUUUUACAAAACAAGUUUUUUUGUCGGCUCAAUUUUGUGUCUGCUCAAAGGUUGUCGGCUUUGUUUACGUUUUGUACGUUCUCUUCUGUUGCUAAUUUAACCUUUAAAUGUUUUGCUUUGAAUUAAUUUUUAUUGAAAAAUACGAAAAUUUUGGUAGACCAUAUUUUCUUUAACAUUUUUCUUUUUUUUGACAUAAGUUUUAUGUUUUUGUCGUAUUGCAAGUGAUGCGAAGCUCCGCUUUGCCUAUGAUUUUACUCUUCCAAUUCAUAUCUGUUAAAACGGUGGUUUGGGGGUCCUGCUUUGGCAGGGAUUUUUUUAUUUCAAGAUAAUUCAUUUCUAGACACAAGAAGUAAAAGAAAAACAUGGUGGGUCUUAACAUUUGUUUCGUUUUCGAACAAUGAAUGAUAUAAAUGUGAGUCCUAAAGGAGACUCUUCGCCUUUAACUGAUCCGGAGAACGGAAAACUUGAUAUUAAACCUGACGAUGAAAUAGUGGAUUUGACUCACAAAAGAAUUGAAAAGAUACAAGGCUUAGAGGUUUUGAAAUGUGUGGAAACAGUGUGCCUUCGUCAGAAUCUGAUCAAGAAGAUCGAGGGGUUGAACACCUUGACAACUCUGUUGUCUCUUGACCUGUAUGAUAAUCAGAUUCCAGAAAUAGAGAAUAUAGAAGGGUUGAUAAAUUUAGACCAGCUUGAUCUUUCUUUCAAUUUCAUUUCAUCAAUUCAGAAUCUGUCUUCUUUGACCAAUCUAACAAGGCUCUAUUUGGUCCAAAAUAAAAUACCGACCAUCGAAAAUUUGGACUCGCUCAUAAACUUGAAAAUUCUCGAGCUAGGCAACAACAAGAUACGCAAGAUCGAAAAUUUGGGGACUUUGGUGAAUAUCGAAGAGUUAUAUUUGGGCGGAAACAAAAUAUCUGUGCUAGAAAAUAUUGGUCACCUGAGCAAAUUGAGAAUACUAAGCGUUCAGCAGAAUCGCAUUGUAAAGAUUUCAGGUCUUGAAGGAUUGCUAGAAUUGGAAGAAGUCUAUUUGAGUGAUAAUGGAAUUGAAGUUAUUGAGAAUCUAGACUGCAAUCUUAAAUUGACGGUUCUGGAUUUGAGCAAUAACAAGAUUUCCAAAUUGGAGAACAUCUCUAUGUUAGUUGAGAUAGAAGAAUUAUGGCUGAAUGAUAACGAAAUAAGUGACAUUAGGCAACUGAAGGAGUGUGAAGAAAUGACGAAGAUUGAGACUAUUUACCUGGAAGGAAAUCCAGUGCAGAAAAGCGACAUGACAGGAUACAGGCGGAAAAUAAAACUAAACAUGCCGGAGUCACUCAAACAGAUCGAUGCUACUUGGUGUAAAUGAUCAAUAAACAACUUGUUGGAAUCUUCAAAUAUAAAAACAUGUCUCAUCCCCAAUCCAAAGAAAAACAAUUAAUUAUUAGAGCACGAGUCAAAAAGUACUGCCAAAUGAUUAGUUACAAUUAAAAA